GGGGAACUUCUCAGGAUCAGGAUCAGUAAAUUGUGGUGGUUAUUAAUCAGAAAUGGCUUUUAUGGUGAAGCACAUGAUCGGGGGGCAGCUGAAGGAUCUGACCGGAGGAUUAACGGAGGAGAAACCGGACACAGAGAAAAGUGAAGCUGCAGCUAAAGGAAUGACGGAGGAGGAGUUCGAACAAUACCAACAACAACUGGAGGAGGAGAAACAGGAACGUGAUGCCAAUUUUGCUCAGAAGAAGGCGGAGAGAGCCACGGUCAGAACUCACUUCAGGGAAAAGUACAGACUGCCAAAGAAUGAAAUGGACGAGACUCAGAUCCAGGCGGCAGCGAAUGACGUGGAGCUGCCGACAGAGCUGGCGAAGAUGAUCGCGGAUGAUAACCAGGAGGAAGAGCACAAGCUUUCGGUUCUCGGUCAGCUGUCCAACAUCCAGAACGUGGACAUCAACCAGCUGAAGGACAAAGCUCAGGCCACGCUGGAGGAGCUGAAGAGCUCAGCAGAGAAGUGUUCGCUCAUGUGAUCCAACCUGAGAAUUCUGUUUUUAUUAUUAUUCACACACACACACACACACACACACACACUCUCUCUCACACACACACACACAGUUUUGCCCAAUCCGGACGUCCUUUAGACAGAAAUGAUCAUUUGCGUCUGUUGAGUGCUAGCGGGCCUUCACGGUGGUGAACUAGCACAUUAGACUGCUUUACUACUCGAGGGUCCAAUUUAUUUUUAAUAUGAAAUAAAAUAAGUCACUUUG